GAAUCACUAGUGGCCACUCCCGUUAACAAGCAACGCUAGUAUCCACCGACCGCCGGUCCCGAUGGAGGAGCAAACACACCGGAACGGUUGUCUUCGGAAACCCUCUAACUUUUCGUGGAAUAAUAAGAGAUGAUUAUAUAUACCAGUUACAUUCGAAAAACGAUUUCCUCUUGUGAACAUCUCCCUUUUUGAAAGGAAUAUAUUUGACCAGUUCAACCUCUCCGCAACUUGCACGUUCGCAUCAACAGCCUCUGACGCCCGCGCCGUAGCAGCAAAAAAAGAAAACGCUGCUCCCCCAAAACUCCCGUCGCCUACCACCUGUCAAUGCAAACUAAGUGCAUGCAUGAGGGGAAAACUGCUGACUCGGUGGGGAUUGAGAGACCAAGGGUGUCUCCUAAAUUAAGCUGUACUCCCACUGUCGUGUACUGCAGGGUCAACAUAGUGCCUAAGGGUAGCGUGCCAUUUAGGACACCGAUGAAGAGGUCCUCCUACUUGACACAGUGAUCCAAGCUUCAUCUACCCCCGACCAGAAUCUCUAGAACUUUCACCCAGCAAUGAUGUGGAUGCCUGACCUUUAACAUCUGACUCCUGGCACUGUGACAAAAGGUUCCGCUCCUCCAUGGCCUCUGUUUUCUCCCUCCCAUCCUCCAUUACCCUCACCCCCCUCAUCCUCCUGCUCUCCAUCUCUCAGGUGGCUCCUAGCCUGCCCCAGUGGCCCCUAAGUCGCAUUCCUGUGGUUCUUCCCCAGACGACCGAGGAUCGUCCCGCCCCCCACUUUCAGGCAGACGCUAGGUUGGACGUCAUUUCACCAUGUGACCCAGAAUGCCACAAGAUGGCUCCUCCCCCCAGCUACUCAGACCUGCGUAGCAUCCUGUCCUACGAAACGCUCCAUAGCAACGGUCACCUCACUGAAACUGCUGUCGGGAUCUACGGGUACGCCCGACCUAAGACCACGCUGGCGACUCCGUCCCGGCAGAAGCGUCAGAUCUUCGGCCACGACGGUCGUUUCAGCAUCGUAGGGCGAGACUACCUGCUGAACUACCCGUUCUCCGCGGCGGUCAAGCUGUCCACAGGGUGUUCCGGAACCCUGGUGGGGGACCGGCAUGUUCUGACUGCCGCCCACUGCGUGCACGAUGGGAAAAACUACGUGAAAGGGGCGCAGAAGCUCCGGGUGGGCUUCCUGAAGCCGAAGCAGCACGAUAAUUCCGCCUCAGCCACCAAUGCAACCAACGGCAACAACCGUCGGCCAUCCCCAGACAAGAUGAAGUUCCAGUGGAUUCGUGCUAAACGUACCCAUGUGCCCAAAGGUUGGAUCAAAGGGAAUGCCAACGACAUCGGCAUGGACUACGACUACGCUUUACUAGAGCUAAAGAAGGCCCACAAGAGGCGCCACAUGAAGCUGGGUGUCUCCCCGUCAGCGAAGCAGCUCCCUGGGCGGCGGGUCCAGUUCUCCGGUUACGACAAUGACCGACCAGGCCAGCUGGUCUACCGGUUCUGCCGGGCUGGGGAGGAGACAUCAGACCUCCUUUACCAGCACUGUGACGCCCAGCCCGGGGCCAGUGGCUCUGGAGUCUAUGCUCGGAUGUGGGACCGCAGAAGCCGGCGUUGGGAGAGGAAGGUGAUUGGCGUGUUCUCGGGCCACCAGUGGGUCGAUCGAGACGGAGCGUCGCAGGAGUUCAACGUGGCAGUGAGGGUCACACCAUUGAAAUAUGCUCAGAUAUGCUACUGGAUCAAAGGAAACUAUGUUGACUGCAGAGAGGGAUGAAGAAAAAGUGGCAGAGCAAAUGUCUCACAGACGCACAGGAUUGGUAGAGAAGCAGGAAGUGAAGAAUGUCUACUUUCCUUAGUGAGGAUGUGAAGUGACCAAUGGACAUGAACAUGUCAUGCAAUGCGCAUAUAUUUUAUCAGACAUUAAUAUCGCUUCAUUUUCUUUACUAGAAACAUUCCCUAAUCCGAAAUUCUGCACGAAAACACCCCGAAAAUCAUAAAAACAUAUGAGUACAAAAGAGUACAAAACACACCACUUCCUAUAAGCGCUCAGAUUGACAUACAUGUCAUGCUACCUGUCUAAUGGCAUUCUCAAAUUGACUCGCUCUGCUUACAUGCUCAUUAACACUUUUCAAGCAUACACUUAUACAAUGUACAAAUGUACUCAUGCUAACAGACUGUAAUAUCAACACUGUGCUUUGAAAACUAACGGAAUCUUUUAUUAUUGAAUUUAUAUGCAUGCUACAAGGUAGCUUCGACCGCAACGUUAGGACCUAUUAGCAUUCCUGAAAAGUCAGGUAGCCUCACAAAAAAGUUAAUAACAUCGAUAUCCGUUAACUGCUCAGGAAAAACUCGUUUCUCGUCAACAAAGACAUACACAGUGUAAUCCCAAUGGAUUUACCAUCCGGCGGUUUGAAUUUGUCCCUCGCUGUCAACAAAGUUGUUAAAAGCAUUCCCCCCCUCACCCACCAGGUAGUGCAAGUAAUUAAACAAUUUUUAUUUUUAGUUUAAUAACUAUUUGUUGGAGAUCUUACGCACAGCCUUGUACAUGCAAUUAGUCAUAUUUUUUCGUAAAUUUGACGUUAUCUGUAGUUACCGAAUUUAAACCUGGACGAUUCCUUUUAAUUACUGGCCCUACCUUUUAAAAAGCUAUAUUAUCUGGCUUUUCGCAAUUUAAGUUAAUAGCUCAUUCAGUUGUGGUCUAAGCUAACUACAAGGCCUGACCGAUUACUUAGCUAGUCCACCUACUGGCUCAACACGAAAGCUCCAGUUUUUUGUUGUUGAAUCAAUUAGAACUUGCGAUAAGCAUAUCUUCAUAGAAACUAGUAUUUUUUUCAGAAUAUUCAUGCAAUUUGUCGGCCUAUUCAUCGAAUCUGAUUUGUAGUAGGCUAAAUCUUUCGGAAAAUGACCGCUAUGGACAAGAAUCCCUGGGUCGAUGUCAUUUUGUGGAAUAGAACAUUUAAAACGGAUAGUUUAGGAUAUGAGCAAUGAUUUCCUUUAUCUCAUUCCCCAUAGUCAGAUGAACUAGUGGAUAUUCGUUUUUGUAUCUGCGUCUAGUAUGAAGAGCGGACCACGUCUUUAUGGGCACUAGCGAUAUCCCUAAAUCCAGAUAGUAGCCUAACUAUCUUUAAAUUGUAUGCAAAUAUAAAAACAUCAUCCACGAGAAUCUAGGAAGGUAGAUAGUCCCAGUGCCAGAAUCCUGAACUGUCCCUUUAAUGCACUGGAUUAAAAGAGCAACUGUGUAAACGAGGAAUGGUUCGAUCAUAAUGAUUAAUACGGAGCUACGGAUACUGACAGUUGUGAUUGCUUGGUGAUUCUACCGUUGUCAGAUCCUUUGUUUUUGUAUGUUUGUUAUCGAAAAUGAAUGUAACGUCGUCAACCAAAGGUGCUACCCUCCUCGUCAAAAAUGUAAACCUGAAAAUAUGUAGGCUGUUGGGCCCUGCUCAAAAGAAUUUCACUAUGUAGGCAGUAGGUCCCAAUUUGGGAAGUAACUUCUGUCCAAUCUCUGUACAGUUAGGGGGUUUAGGUAGCUCCUCAACGCCCCCUGCUGGGCCAAAGACUACAGCUGACUGAUGCACAGCAACAGUCUAAUGACUGUUGCCAUACUCACCCUAAUCUGCUAAAGACAUGCACUUUGCCAGGCCUAAUGGUUCUGUGAUUUGUCUUAAAAAAAAUAAACAGAUCAAAUAUAAUGCUAUAUUAUGUCAAUCAUGUAAAGCUUAUGAAUAAAACAUGCUGUGUAACAUUCAA